AUGAGUUUUGAUACACCUUUAGGUUCUCCCAGAAUGUCUUACCAUCCAAGGCCACUUUCUUGGAUUGUUAUUUUAGUAGGAGCACUUGCGAUUUUCUUGAUUUACGCUUCGUUUGUUCUUGUAUCGUCGCCAAUUGGUGCUCAUGUUCACGGGUAUUUUUACGGGAUAGGUAGUUCGGAGAAGUUAGAUGUGUCUGUUGCUUCCGUAAAUGAUGGUUCUGUUGAUAAAAGUUUAGAUAUUGAUGGUAAAAAACCGUCUUUUGAUCAACAAAUUGAUGGUAGUUCGAAUACGCGAGUAGCUGAUAGUAACUCCAGUUUUGCGACUAUUCCGGUAGGAGUAGGUACGGAUGCUUCCAAUUUGACAGGUAGUGGUAGAUCUGAGGAACCUCCUUCUACGGUUUCAAUCAAUCAGUCCAGUGCUGUAUUUACAACCUCGAAGGAGGCCUCCGCGACUUCUGAUAAUUCCACAUCAACAGCUGUUCCAGAAUCAGUAGAGAAGCCAGACAAUGCCGGUUCAGUUAAUUCAGACUGUGAUCUGUACCAUGGGAAUUGGGUACAUGAUCCACUGGGACCGCUAUACACAAACAAUACAUGCCCUGUAUUGACACAGAUGCAGAAUUGCCAGGGCAAUGGGAGGCCUGACAAGGAUUAUGAGAAUUGGCGAUGGAAACCCUCUCAAUGUGACAUCCCACGAUUUGAUCCCAGGAAAUUUUUGGAGCUCAUGAGAGGAAAGACCUUGGCUUUCAUUGGAGAUUCUGUAGCUCGAAACCAGAUGGAGUCAAUGCUGUGUAUUCUGUGGCAGGUAGAGGUGCCAAAGAAUCGGGGAAAUCGUAAUAUGCAACGAUAUUAUUUUAGGUCUGCAUCUGUAAUGAUAGUCAGGAUAUGGUCCUCAUGGCUUGUCAAAGUAACAUCCGAACCAUAUGCUUAUGCUCCAGCUGGUGUGGAUAAGCUCCAUCUUGAUGCCCCUGAUGUGAAGUUAAUGGAGCAUAUCCCAAACUUUGACGUGGUCGUCCUUUCUUCCGGUCAUUGGUUUGCUAAGAAGUCUGUGUAUAUCUUGAACAAUGAGAUAGUGGGAGGACAGUUGUGGUGGCCAGACAAAUCUAAGCUUAUGAAGGUCAACAAUAUUCAAGCAUUUGGUAUAUCUGUCGAAACAAUUCUUACCGCUCUUGCUACACAUCCAACUUACAAAGGUCUAACAAUUGUGAGGUCCUAUUCGCCUGAUCAUUAUGAGGGUGGAGCCUGGAACACCGGUGGAUCAUGCACUGGGAAGGUUAAGCCUAUUCCACUUGGUGAACUAGUAGAAAACGGGUUCACGAAUACGAUGUAUGGGCAACAGGUUACAGGUUUUAACAAUGCUGUGAAAAAGGGUACUACAAAUCCAUCAAAGUUGAAGUUACUGGACAUAACUCAAAUGUUUCAAUACCGGCAUGAUGGUCAUCCCGGGCCUUACAGGAGCCCCGACCCAAAUAAGAUCACAAAACGUGGCCCAGAUGGAAGGCCGCCGCCACAGGAUUGCUUGCAUUGGUGCAUGCCAGGUCCUGUUGAUACCUGGAAUGAACUGGUGUUGGAAAUCAUCAAAAGAGAAUAUGAAGGUGGAAGUGCAUCAUGA